ACAACGAAACCUACAGGACCAACAUGAUUGAAAAGGGAAAACAGAAGUAUGAAGAUGAUGAAACAUAUAGGGCCAACAUGAUUGAAAAGGGAAAACAAGAGUACCAAGAGGAUGAAACAUAUAGGAACAAUAAAAUUGAAAAGGGAAAGAAGAAGUAUAAAGAGAAUGCAACAUAUAGGGACAACAUGAUUGUAAAUGGAAAAAAGAAGUAUGAAAGCAAUGAAAUAUAUAGGAACAAUAUAAUUGAAAAAGUUCAUGAAAAAAGAUCAUUAUUCAAAGUCGCAAAGUCUCAUAUUGAUGUUGUGGUUCAAACAUUUAAAGAUGCCAUUAAGAAGGGACCAGAGUAUGUUUGUGCUUGCUGUUUGAGACUUUUAUUUCAAAACCAAGUCUUAGAAUGCAAACGUGAAAACUAUGAUAAACAGCUAAUACAGAAAUGCGUUACAGAGAAGUAUGUUCAUGAGUGUUCCAGUGAAUGUGAAUCAAAUUGUUUAUUGGCUGUUUCUUGUAGGAACAAACUUUGGAUUUGUUAUACAUGCCACAGAAAAUUACAUAAAGGUUUAACACCACCUGAAUCGUUUUGUAAUAACUUACAAUUAGAAACUGUUCCUGAUGAGUUAUGCAAUUUGAAUAAACUUGAAAGCCAUUUGAUAGCACUUAAUAUACCCUUCCAGAAAAUAAUGAACUUGCCAAAAGGUAAUCAAGCAGGGAUAAUUGGACCAGUUGUUUUGGUCCCGUCAGAUGUCAAAGUCGUUACGAAUACAUUGCCAAGACCAGUGGAUGAUAAUUUGUUAGUAAAAGUAAAGUUAAAGAGGAAAUUAGAGUACAAAGGUUAUGUUCAGUAUGAAUUUGUGGAUAUCAAACAUGUGGAGAAAGCCUUCAACUAUUUACGGAAGCACAAUAAAUGGUAUGCGAAUAUAGAAUUAAACAGUCAGUGGAUGGAUACCAAUAAUGAACAGAAUGAAUCAUUUGAUGUAAUCAAUGAUAGUGCAAAUAAUUUAAAAAAUGAAUCAAACAAAAAGAACGAUACAGAUGCUGAGGAAAGUUAUCUGAAUGAAAGUUUAAGAGGCAUUCAGUUAGAUACAUGUUUACAACCAGCAGAUAUUGGCCAAGAGGUUUUAGAUUGUUACUUUGAUGAAGAAUUUGACGUUGCACCAGCGGAAGGAAACAACCCCAUACGUGUAUUAAAAGAGGAAGGCAUUGAAUCAAAGACUUUCCCCUGUCAUUAUCCAUCCGGUAAAAAUACAUUGACUGAUCAAAGAGAUAUUAAGUUAUCUUCUUCGAGAUAUUUCAAUUUGAGAUUGUUGAGUGUUGAAAAUCGUUUUGCAAGAGAUACGUCGUAUAUAUUUUUUUGUCAGUAUCUAUCAGAAUUGGAGAAGGUUAUGUCUAAUGUACAGAUAUCUUUACGGAAAGACUUUUCUAAAUCAGGAACAGGAAAACAGGUAACAUCUGAUAUGAUUUGUAGAGGUGACGGUUUGAAACAGCUAUUUAAAAGUGACGAAGGUAUAAAAUUUCUAAAGCCGGUAAGAGGGACCCCUCCUUUCUGGCAGAAGACGCAGAAAGAUGUUUUAGCGAUGAUAAGACAAAUAGGAAUACCUGCUUUUUUCUGUUCAUUUUCUUCGGCUGAUUUAAGAUGGUCAGAAAUAGUUGAAUCGAUAAUGAUGCAGCAAGGAAUUGCUGUCAAUGCAAAAGAAUUAAGUUGGGAUGAAAAAUGUAAGAUACUCCGAAGUAAUCCUGUAACAGCGGCCAGAAUGUUCGAUCAUAGAUUUCAUCUCUUUUUAAAAACAGUUAUUAUGUCAGAUGCCCAUCCUAUUGGAAAAGUGAAAGACUAUUUCUAUCGGGUUGAGUUUCAGCAAAGGGGUUCUCCUCAUACACAUUGUUUAUUUUGGAUCGAAGAUGCACCUAAAUUUGAAGUGGAUGAAGAUCAACAAGUUAUCGAUUUUGUAGAUAAAUAUAUUACUUGUUCAAUGCCGUCUCCUGAUGAGGAUCCAGAACUUCAUAAAAUUGUGAAUGCUGUACAACAGCAUAGUAAAAAUCAUUCAAAAAGUUGCAAGAAGAAAGGUACGAAUUGUAGAUUCAAUUUUCCAAGACCUCCUUCAGUGCAUUCGUUCAUAUCUCGACCUGUCACUGAAAAAGACUUGACCGAGUCCGACAUUAAAAUUAGCAAAGACAAAUUGGAAACUGUAUGGAAAGAAAUAAAGGAUUCAGAAUUAGAUGAUAUUUCUACAGACAAACUAUUUGAAAAAGCAGGGAUAUCACAAGAGGAAUUUGUAAAAUGCUUUCAAUAUGUAACUUCCAGAAACACUAUUGUAUUAAAAAGAAAGAAGACGGAAUGUUUUACAAAUCAAUAUAAUGCACAUUUACUUAGAGCGUGGGAUGCCAAUAUGGAUAUUCAGUUUGUUUUAGAUGUGUUUUCAUGCGUUGUGUACAUUAUCAGUUAUAUAAGCAAAUCUGAAAGGGAAUUAGGAAUGUUACUUCAACAAACAAAAUGUGAAGCAGCUGACGGAAAUUUAAGUGCACAACAAACCAUGAAAAAAGUUGGAUCUGCCUAUCUUCACCAUAGAGAGAUCAGUGCACAAGAAGCAGUGUUUCGUGUAACUGGGUUGAGAAUGAAGGAAUGUUCUCGAAAAGUUGAAUUUAUCCCCGUGGGUGAAAAUCCUUGUAGGUUAUCGAUUCCUCUCAAACAACUGAAAAAAAAAGUCGAAUCAAAAAACAGACAACCAAAGAAUGACGGGGAUGAGACUGAAAAUCAUUCGGAUGAAAAAAAUGUAUGGAUGAGAAAUAAAAAUGACAUUUAUAAAGCCAAACCUGACAUUAAUUUGUUUAAUGAAAUGUGUUUGGCAGAUUUCUGUUCAAAGUUUAAUGUUUUAACUGAAUCGCAAGUUCCUAAAAAGAUAAAUAAAGACACAACUUUUAAAUUGAAAAAAGAAUUGGGUUAUAUUAGGAAAUUAACAAGAACAUCUCCAGGUAUUAUCAGAUAUCCUCGCUUUUCAGUCGACAAGGUGCCAGAAAAAUACUAUCAAAGUAUUUUACAAUUGUUUUUACCCUUUAGAAGUGACGACCAAUUGAAACCGUCAAUGUUUGAACAUUAUGAAGAAUUUUACAAGCGUGGGCAUGUAAAAUUCUCAAAUAGUAAAAGUUUGUCAGCUGUGAAAGUUAUUGUAGAUCAUAAUAUGUCUUCAUAUGUGAAAACAUCAAGUUCUAUAGACAAAGCCAUUGAAAAGUUAGAGGAAAAUGGAUCACAUGAAGAUGCAUGGUCUCAAUUAUGUUCCGAAUCAGAAAGUGAAAGGGUUAUGUGUGGUAUUGAAGGAUCUGCAAACGGAAAUGACAGUCCUGAUGAUGAAAUAAUUGAAAACAAUCUUCCAGAUUUAAACCGUGAAGUUGAGAAAGAGUUCAGCUUACCGAUUAGGUCUACGGUGUUUACUAAUAAGGAGAUUAUACCGAUGUUAAGAAGUAUGAAUGAAAAUCAAAAACACAUCUUCUUUGACAUUAGACAUUGGUGUCUUCAAAAGGCAAAUGGAAAACAUGUUGAUCCAUUUUACGUUUUCAUUACUGGUGGCGCGGGAACAGGCAAGAGUCAGUUAAUCAAGUGUCUGUAUUUUGAGAUAUCCAGAAUUCUUGCUCCAAUCUUGUGCAACCCAGAUGACGUUAGUGUACUUCUGACAGCACCUACAGGUACCGCCGCAUUUAAUAUUAAUGGAAUGACUAUUCAUAGUUGUCUGUCAAUAUUCAAGUCAUUAUCAAAGGAUCAUGCUACACUAAGUGAGGACAAAUUAAACACAUUACGAACUAAAUUGGACAACCUACAAGUACUUAUCAUCGAUGAGAUAUCUAUGGUUAAUAAACGUCUUUUGUAUUUUGUUCAUGAAAGAUUAAGACAAAUCAAGAAAAAACCUGAAAGUUGUUUGUUUGGAGGUGUUUCUAUUAUAGCAGUUGGUGAUUUCUACCAGUUACCCCCUGUAAAAUCCAAAAAAAGUGAUAAACUCUAUGUAAACGAUCCUUCUAAUCCUUUGAAUUACCUGUGGAAUGAAUUGUUUAAGGUAGCUGUACUGGAUGAAAUAAUGCGACAAAAAGACGAUAAAACAUUUGCAGAAAUGUUGAAUAGACUGAGAAUAAAGAAGAAACAUGAGAUGAUUGAACCUGAUGAUAUCUUAUUGUUAAAACAUUGCAUGACAGAAGCACCAGAUCGCAUUUUACACAUUUUUGCAACAAAUGCUGAAGUUCAACAGUUUAAUAAUAGUAUGAUCAUGAAAUAUUUUUCUGACCCUAUAUUGGUUGAGGCCGAAGAUUACGAAAAGGAUAAGACUACUGGAACAUUGAAAAGAAAGUCUUCAUUUUACAGUAGCAGUGAUAUUCAACUACCAUCAUCCAUUCUUUUAGCGGUCGGUGCCCGUAUAAUGUUAAUCAGAAAUCAAGAUACUAAAGAUGGUUUAGUGAAUGGAGUGAUGGGAACAGUACAUAAAAUUAUUACUGCUGUCAAUCUUCCAGAAAUAAUAUAUAUUCAGUUUGAUGAUGACAAUGUAGGUAAAAGUGCGAAAGAACAAAAAUUUAUCAAUGGAAAUAGAUGUGUAGGUUUAGGUCGGUGUUCAGAAGAUUUGUCAUUUCAGAGUGGUGUAAGAAAACAAUAUCCGUUAAAGUUAGCAUUUGCAUGUACAGCUCAUAAAGUCCAAGGACUUACUGUGUCUGAAGUAGCAGUUGAUUUGAGUAAAUGUUUUACAUAUGGACAAAGCUAUGUAGCCCUUAGUAGAGUAACAUCAAAUAAAGGUUUAUUUAUAUCUGAAAUGAACAAUGAAUCUUUUAAGUGCGAAAAUAUAUGCAGACCCUGA